GGAAUUUAAAAAAAGAGAAAUGAAGAAGGAUCGUCAUUUGCCUCCAAUACAAGACAAGUCAGAAGAUUUUAACUCAAAUACAAAUAUUUUCAAAAGAGAGCCAGAUCUCAAAUCACCAAAAUUAUCUGAAGACCGAGAGACUGAAGCCAGUCAGAUACACAAUGAAGCAGGUGUCUAUGUCAGGAGCCAAUUUGGGUGGAUCUUUCUGAACCCUGAUGAUAUCCUGCCUGUCCAAAACACAAAAGAUUAUGAACAAGUCGUCUCUAAGAACAUCCAAACUCUGGCUCAGUCAAGCCGAGGAUUCAAGGGAAAAGUUACCCUCGCCAUGCUUGAAGAUGAGCCAUAUGCUCCAGUUCAAGAUCCGAGGAGGUAUCAAGAAGUUGGGUCUGAAGAGAUAAAAGCUCCUCCUGAAAAAUUGGAGAAAAAGAAUGGCAAAAGAGCAACUGUUCUCUGUUGUUCAUCCGUCUGGUUCAUGGUGGUGUUCUUCCUAUUCGACCAAAUCGUCCAAACCUUACAGGUGAUGUGGGUGUCUAUCUUUAUGGGCUUAUCAUGGGUGACAACUAUCAAGGAUAUCUCAAAAGGGCUUGAUAUAUUCAGCAUCAAUCUCAGUGACGAAGCAUACACAGCCUCAAUUAUCAUAUGUAUUGCAAUUAUCUUCAUUUUUGCAAUAUUCACUUGAGGAGGAAUAUUUGGGUUCUGUGACCUAGACUGUUGCUGUUUCGACGAUUUAGAAGAUUUGAUAUCAAUGUUUGUCUUUGAGUAUUUUUUCUUCGGCUUCUUCGCUAUUCCAAUCAUGAAGAUCCUCCUACAAACAUACGAUUGCACCAGAAAUGAGAAUGGCGACAGAGUUUUGUCCAGAAAUAGGAGCUUAGAAUGUGAGUCUUGGGAACAGAUUACCCUCUUCCUCUGCGCAAUGAUUUCUCUUUCUCUCCUCAUAGCAGGUGCUGUAUUCAGAAAUCUUGCCAAAGAAGAGGAAAUGCACUUCCUCGGCUACGAAUGGAGACUAAAAAUUGGAAUUAAAAGACUUAUUAUAAAAGAGAUGGCCUUAAAGACAGUUGUCAUGGUAAUUGCUGUCUUUGCACCAAGCAGACUGCACUUCCCUGCAUUGAUUUGCUGUGUUCUAAUCCUCAGCUUUUUAAUCUAUUGGCUUAUAAAGAUGCCAUAUGUGAUAAACAAAUACAACCAUAUCAAAGUAGCAAUGCUUGCUGUAUCAGCUCAUUGUUUCUUUGCUUCAUUCAUUUCAACAUUAGACAGAGAUAGUGAUGGCCUAAAAACUUUUGCAAGCAUAAUAUUCCUUCUCAGCCCACUCUCAGGAAUCUCAGGCUUCUUCAUAAGUCAAUGGAGAGCUAAACACGUUUUUUAUGAUGAAGAAACAGAGAUUGCCUACAAAGAAAAACUUCAGAUAAAGGAUGUUAAAAGCUACGAAGAUACACUUAUCAUAAAAAAACUCACUCUACAGAAGGAGUUCAUUGGGAUCAAAAUCCUGUCCAUCAAGACUUUGGAGCAGUUCAACCACUUCAUAUUUGGAGAGUCAAAAAUCUUAGAAGGAGAGUUCAAGGUUAACGGCGAUGAAGGCAUGAUCAACCUUUGUAUCAUCUUAGCUACUCUUGCUACUUUCCAGCAGCAACCAAAGAUGUACUUUUCUAAACUCAUUAUCAGAGCUGACAAAGAAGACCAAGCUGCUCAAGUCAAGUUCACUCAAAAGUCAGAAGAAGCAUUCGCAGAGGCUUACUUUGCUGGAUGUUUCCGAGUUAUAAAGCAUCUCCAGUUCAACCAAUUCCACCUCGAGGCUAAGCAAGCCCUAAAUGUGACUAGUUUCUUCAAGGAUAGUCCAACUCUGGAGACUGUCAAUUUCUCAAAUAACCAGCUUGACCAUAAAAUAGUAUCAGCCAUAAUUGGGAAGCUAUAUGACAAUAAAGAGUUAAAGUUCAUUGAUGUCUCCAGUAAUGCUGUAUAUUCAGACAAGCAGAUUGAAAUCCAGAAUAAGUAUAACUACAAUCAUGAAUCAGACUUGAGAAUUUGGAAGCACAGGAAAAGGAUAUCUCUGACAUUUGGAAUUGCUUAACUAAUCAAAUAUUCUGAUUUAGCUACAUUCUAAGAAGGGUUUUCAUUUGAUAUCUAUGACCCAAUUAAGGAAGCCUCUAGCAUAUACCUUAAUCAGUAUCAAGAAUGGUUUUAUUCCAUCUCCCAUAUGUAAAAGGCUUGAAUAUGAAGUUACUAAAUCCAGUUAGUCAUCUUAUCUAUUGAAAGAAUUUGUGGUACCCUCUUCAUCAUCAAAAUUUCUAAAUUUGUUAUAUCUCCAGUAUGAUACGAACUUUUCCUUGUUAUUCUUUAGGCUUC